AUGCGACAAACAAUUAAGAGUGCUGGAGAUUUGAUUUUUUAUCUGUCAGAUGUCAGCAAAUUAUUUCUAAUGCGACUGAUCGCCGCAAGUGUUUUAAGUAAACUAAUCUUUAUUAGUCAAUUGACAAGAGAUAACAUCUGCAUUACAUUGGUGUUACCCGAUUAUAUUUACUUCAAGUUAAGAAAGGCAUUGUUUAUGCUUUUGAGUCACAUACAAAGUUUCGGUCUAAUUGACUUUUACGCAAAGCAACGAGGAAGAGAUGAAAUUUCAAAAUUUUGUUGUUUGCGGAUGAAACAACAACUUCAAGUGUGA